AUGUUAAAUAGUUUAUUAGAUACGAGAAAAUGCUUAAAUUCAAUUUUAUUUGCUUUGAAAUUAAGAAACAUUAAUAAAUGGAUAAGUGAAGGGAAUUUAAUCAAUAAUAUUUGUAAAAGAAACUUUGGAGUAUCAGGAAGUUAUGGUUAUAGUAUUUUUGCAAAAGAAGGAAACAAUGAUUCAAAUGUUGGUAAAAAUAAUUUACAUCAGUAUGAAGAAAAAUAUAUAGUUAACAAUUUAAUAAGAAAAAAAAAUUUUUAUUUUACUAAAUGGCCUGGCCAGGUAUCAAAAUUAGGAGCAUCUUACUUUUUUAACAAAAAUUAUAAUAUGGGAUUUUAUCAUAUGCUUAUAGAGGAAGAAAAUAAAAUUAAGAAGGAUAUUGUCUUAAUAUCAAGUUGUAACGAAAAAAGUCUUCAAAAUAAAAAAAUUGAUAACAAAAUGAAAGAUUUAACAUGUGGUUACUCUGUUCAAAUUGUCUUAUCUGGUAAAGGUGUUAAAUGCUAUUACGAAGAUGUAAAUUAUACUCCAUUCACAGUACAGUAUAGAAAUAACAUAAAACAGUAUUAUAAUUUUAAAAACCCUUUAAAGGAGGUACAAAUGCUAAAAGAUAGAAGUGAUGAAAAUAUUGAUGAAAAUAAAAAUACUAAAGAAAAUAAAACUUCAGGAGAAAAUAAAGAUAAAAAUUAUAAAACAAAAAAAGUUAAAAAAUUAUUUGUCCGUUUAGGUAUAGGAACAAAAAAUAUUGAUAUUACAAGGAUACUAACUAUGCAUAAAAAAUAUGUAAAUAUACACGUUGAUAAAACUGGUACAAUAAUAAAUGUAUAUGGAUACAAUAAAAAGUAUGUAGGAUCAGUUUCUCAUAGAUUAUAUAAAAUUGUAAAAAUGAACGUAUAUACAAUGAAAGGUGGAUACGUAUUUCUACAUAAGCCUAAGCAAAAAAUUCCAAAAAAGAAAUAA